AUGGGUGGAUAGAUAUCUAAAGAUGAUUCAAAUGAUCACCUAGUUAAUAUAUCUGAGAUUAUCAAAAAGGAAGCUGAAAAUAUUGAACCAGAUAUUAUAAUUGAUUAAUUUACUUUAACUUAGAAAAAGGAAUAAAUUAAAGCGUAAAAAAACAAAAGCUAAAUAAAAUUAGUAAUAAUUAGAAAUAUUUGUAAAGGGUGAAUAUACAACUAGCUAAAUUUAUCCAAACAAUUAAAGCAAAAAAUUACUUAUUGAAGAUUUAAAAUCAGAAAAAUCAUAAGAAUUUGUUGAACAUCAAUAGGUAUAAAUGCCAAGUGGUACAAUUAAUGUAUCCUAAAUCAAAUUAAAUGAUUAAUAAAACUAAUAGAAUAUUUUAUCAAACAAUUAAUCAAGAAUAUUUAAAAAAAAUAAUCCAACAAAAGUAAAUGAUCCAGAUUUCUAAAUUCAAUAACAUUUACCAGAAUGGGCAAAUAAAAUGAUUUAAGAAUAUGGUUACUAUUAAUGUCCAGAAGAAAUCAAUUACUAAAACACUUAAGAAGCCAUUCUAAAAUAUGAAGAUGGAAGUUAUUAUAAAGGAUAAAUAUAAGGGGAUUAUAGACAUGGUUAUGGAAUAUUUUUAUAAGAAUAUUGUAUUUUUGAAGGUUAUUUUGAAAAAAAUAUUAGAAAUGGUUGGGGUAGAGAAUUAUAAAAAGAUAUUCUUAAAGUAUUUUAUAAAAAAUUAAAUUAAAGUAAGGAAUUUGGAGGGAUGAUUAAAUAAUAGAGAAACUUGAAAUCAGAAAACAAGAUGAAUAUUAUAUUGGAGAGUGCCAAUAUGGAAUACCUCAUGGAAAAGGUAAAUUGGAAAAUAAAGAAUAUAUAUAUGAAGGAUAAUUUAAAAAUGGGCUUAAAAAUGGAAAAGGAUAAUUAAAAUAUAAGGAUAAGAAGGACUAUUAUGAUGGUUAAUUUAAAAAUGAUAAAAUGGAUGGAAAUGGAAAAUACUAUUUCAGUAACAAAGUAAUUUAUGAUGGUAAUUUCAAAGAUGGUUAAAUUACUGGUAGAGGAGAAAUGAGAUAUCCUAAUAAUAAAUUUUAUAGAGGUAUAAAUUUUAAUUCAAUUGAUUAAGGGGAUUUUCUAAAUGGAAAAAUGCAUGGAUAAGGAAUUUUAUAAACUGAAUCAGGAGGAAAACAUGAAGGUUAAUUCAAAGAUGGUCUAAAACAUGGAUAUGGUAGAACAAUUUAAAAUGGAAUGGAGGUGACUGGAGAAUGGAAAUAUGAUGUUUUAUUGGAAGAAGAUCUAGAUGAAUAAUGA